CUAAUCAGACUGCAACACGUCGAGUCCAAGGAAAGGGCAGGGAGGAAAGGAGAGCUCGCUGCUGAUGGUUAAGAGGUGUUACCACACAGAAGCCAACGGGCGAGCAGAGGGAGCCUGGCCAUGGUCACUACUGCUCUCCUACCUGUGAGGAGAAAAAGUACCGAGUGAGCAGCAGAAACCAGAAACCAGAAAUGCCCUGCUUUUGGAGAACUUCUGACCUAGCGGUACUCUUGAUAUGGGGGGUCUUUGUGGCUGAGUCGAGUUGUAUGAAUGGGAAUCAAGCAUCCCAGAAUGGUUCAUUACCUGAGACAGAAGUUAACACUACACUGUUGAUACGGAUGGGUGAAAAGGCCCUGCUGUGCUGCCCUGUUAUUCCAAUGACAAAAGCAAUGUUAAUAAUAUGGUGGAUAAUAUCCCUGAAAGACCAGCCUCCCUGCAGAAUAUCUUACAAAGAAGAAACAAAGGAGAUCAAUGAAACCAAUUGUAUGGGCAGGAGAAGCACCUGGACCUUCACACCUGACCAGAGUCCUGACCUUCUGAUCAAUGCAGUGGCCCUCGGUCAUGACGGGCUUUAUUUGUGUGAAAUAGCAACACCUAAGGGGAAUUUCCUAAGGAGAUAUGACCUCCAAGUGCUAGUGCCUCCAGGAGUAACCCUGCUUCCAGGGGAAAACAGAACUGCAGUUUGUGAGGCAAUUGCAGGCAAGCCGGCUGCACAGAUCUUUUGGACUCCAGAUGGGGAUUACGUCACUAAGCAGGAAUCACACAGCAAUGGCACCGUGACUGUCAGGAGCACAUACCACUGGGAGCAGAACAAUGUGUCUGCUGUGUUCUGCUUUGUCUUCCAUCCGACUGGCAACCAGACUCUAUCCAUAGAAUUGAACGGAAGUGGUGGCAAAUCAUUAGAAUCAUAUACUCCAUACAUCAUCUCAUCUCCUAUUAUUAUUUUGAUCAUCAUAGGAUGCAUUUGGCUUUUGAAAAUCAGUGGCUUCAGAAAAUGUAGAUGGACAAAACCAGAAGCUUCUCCAGGUGUUGAGGAGGAUGAAAUGCAGCCUUAUGCUAGCUACACAGAGAAGAGCAAUCCACUCUAUGACACUGUGACCAAGGUGGAGGUGUGUCCGGCGUCACAAGGUGAAGUCAAUGGCACAGACUGGCUUGCUUUAUCGGCCACUGGGAUCUAGAACCAAGAAAAAUGAAUCCAGAGAAACCAUCGUUACUAUUUUGCUUUCCUUAAAAUUCUACAAUGGAAGGAUGACUUGGAAAUUAGCUCUUCAAAAGUUCUUAGAAACACAAAUGUUCUAAUGGUUUUUUGUUUGUAUUCUUCUAUGAUUGGAAGUUUGAAAUCUUUGCUGCUACCAGUUAGUUCUUUGAAGAACUGAUGUAAUUGUUACAAAGAAAGCAUAGGUUAUGAUACAAUCAAAUUGUGCAAUACAGUAUGAUGAAAACUGAGUUUCCUCAAGAUGUAAUUGCAAAAGGAACAAUCAUUACUGAAGAGUUUCUCAUGAAUUCUUCCAAAAACAUUUCUCUGUAUAUGUGCAUAUGGUUUAUGUGUGCAUUUAUAUGUUUAUUUACGUAUGUGUAUACAUGCACACAUCACCUUGUCAAGACAGCUUCUUGUCAAAACAGACUGGAAUGCUGGACUUAAAAAGUUAAUACUGUGAGUCUUGGCAAUAUUUUAUAUCAGCACAAGCAAAACUACCUCAUUCUUUUUAAUGGCUAUGUAAAAUUCCACUGUAUGAUUACAUUGUAAUUUAAUUAAUCAUGGCCCUUGGAUGGGCAUUUAGAUUUUGUUUCCUGUGUGGUAUUAAACAAUACCAAGUAGAAUGUUUCCUGUGAAUGAUCUCUGCAUUUUCUGAGCACAUUGUGAGAUAAUUUUUUGAAUGUAAUUGUUCUGGAAGUUGGAAUGUACUUUUAUUAUCAAUAGAUCAGUCAAAUUGUGUCUACUUACAUUCCCUCUGAUUGUGUUUGAAUGUGCCUUUCUCCAUAUUCUUAUUCUUGUAGCUUUAUUAUCCUUACUGCCACAGUUUCCACUUUCCAUUUUUAAUUAACCAGUUGGGUGAUAUGUUAGAAUAUUAACUCUAUUCUUCAAUGAAACUGGAUUCAUGUCUUUGUCUUGUCUGAAAGAGAGACAGCAUUUGUAAUGACGGUGUUCUCAACUGCUCGUGUUGCUACAGAAGUGCUGACAUCUCAUGCCUAACAGUUUUGCAGAUGUUGUGACUUGUCCACUUUUCACAUUCUAGUCUUAUGUAUUUAUCAAACAGCAAGUAUCUUUUAUCUGUAGGUGGGGCAACUAGGGGGCAUUUACAUGCUGAAAGGAUGGCAAUGGGAUGAUAGGAUUUCCUCUCCAGAUUUGUCUAGAGGGAGAUAUGAGGAGUACAUAUAUUGAUAAUUUUUUGACAUUUUUUCAUUGUUAAGAAUAAGCCUGUUUCCCUUUACAUAUCAGAAAAAUAUUUAA